CCAGAGGGGAAAAGUGGGUCGCCGUGCCAUCUGAUCCGUGUCAACACAUGCCCAGCUGACCCUCAUUCCAAAACAGAUCCGCAGCACUCAGCAGCAAUGACUAACUUUCUGGAGGAGCGGCCAUUCGGCUCGCAGUACACCAACGUCUACCUGUCCAUCUUCGCCCUGUUCUGCUUCAAGCUCUUCGUCAAGAUCAGCCUGAACAUCCUCACACACUUCUACGUGGUCAAAGGGAACCGGAAAGAGGCAGCACGCAUCGCCGCAGAGUUCUACGAUUUCGGCCAAGGGCACAGCUCAUGGGCGGACCGAUCUCCACUCCAUGAAGCGGCAAGCCAGGGACGCCUUCUGGCCCUGAAAACCCUGCUCUCACAGGGUUACAACGCAAACCUCGUCACCAUCGAUCAUGUGACUCCACUGCACGAGGCGUGUCUGGGCGAUCACGUGGCGUGUGCCAGGGCGCUCAUCGAGGCCGGAGCUAAUGUGAACGCUACUACCAUUGAUGGUGUAACCCCUUUGUUUAACGCCUGUUCUGCGGGCAGUGCGACAUGUACAGAGGUUCUGCUGGAGCACGGUGCUAACCCACAGCCCGAGCCGUGCCAACCCUCACCGAUCCACGAGGCCAGCAGCAAAGGAAGGACGGCGUGUGUGGACGCCCUGAUAUCAUGGGGGGCAGAUGUGGAUUACGACAUUCCUCACUUAGGAACACCGCUUUACAUCGCCUGCGCCUCCCGAGAGCUACAGUGCACACAGAAGCUUCUAGAUGGAGGUGCGAACGUACAGAAGGGGCGUUUCCUGGACACGCCGCUUCACGCCGCCGCGCAGAAAGACUGCCCCGAGAUCGUCAAAGUGCUGCUGGAGUUUGGCGCCAACAUCAACGCUCGAAACCUGGAGCUGCAGAGAGCAGUGGAGACGGCGCCCCCUAGCAGCCUGGCAGAACGCGUGUUACUGCACUACGAAGUUACUCCGCGCUCUCUGAGUGAGCUGUGCAGGUUAUGCAUCAGAGAGUAUCUGGGACGCACGAGGCUUCAUCUCAUCCCUCAUCUCAGACUGCCACCUCUGCUCCACAGAUUCCUGCAGCACAGAUAGACACCUGUCUCUCUCUCUCGUUCUUUCUGUCUCUCUCUCUCUCUCUCUCGUUCUGUCUUUCUGUGCCCAUCUUUCUGUCUUUCUCUCCCUCCACCUUUCCACUUUGCCUUUGUGUCUGUUUGUCUCGUCCUGUCUACCUAUAUUAUUCUACAUCUGUCUCUGUCUCUAACUGUCUCUCUCUCCAUAUAUCUCUCUCUCCACCUGUUUCUCAGCACCUCUCUCCGUCUCUUUCUCUCUUUCUUUGCAUCUUUUAACAACUGUAUCUCUCCACCUGUGCCUCUCUGCAUCUGUCUCUCUGUCUUUUUAUGUCUGCCCAUCUCUCUCUGUUUCUCUCACUACCUGUCUGACUCCACCUGUCUUUUACUUCACCUCUCUUGUCUGUCUGUUUCUCCAAAUAUCUC